GGAAUUCUGGGAGUUGAAGUCCACCAGUCAUAGAGGGGGCCACAGUUUCCCCCAUGCUGGCUGAGGAAUUCUGGGAGUUGAAGUCCACCAGUCAUAAAAGAGCCAAGGUCGCCUCCCCUGCCCUAGGAAGUGCUCCAGCUGCCCUCUCGGGAGUUACUACUCCAGGUUGAAGACCACUGCUCUAUUGGUGCUUUGACGGGGCUUCUUCACUGACAGUUCAUUCCCUUCCUCCAUUCUUUAACUGUGGAAGCUCUAAGCCGGUGUUUUUUCAAACUUGGCCACUUUAAGAGAUGUGAACUUCAACCCCCAGAAUUCUCCAGCCAAUUCAUGGCUGGGGAAUUCUGGGACUUGAAAUACACCCCUCUUAAAAGUGGUCAAGUUUGAAAAACACUGCUCUAAAUGCUUUUUUAAAAAAAACUUUUUAUUAAUUUUCCAAUGUUACAAUUAUAUCUUUGAAAAGCAACGUGGCGUCUGAGUUACAAUAAUUCCAUUACAUGCAAAUAUUAUUAAUACAGAUCUGCAACUAUUACAGCCAAUAGUUCCUCUCUUUUUUCCCUUAUUACAUACUGUCCCUUGUUUUAAAUUAAUAUACUUCUUAUUCUAUCCAUCAGCUACUUAAUAGCUUUCUUACAUUUAUCAAUAAUUUUAUAUGUCUUAUUUAUUUUAACAUUCCAUCUUUUGGAUCAUCAAGAACCUUAUGAAUUUUCCCAGCUUUAAUUUUGCGUUGAUAUUUAAAUUAAACGUUUAAUAUUUAUCAUUUCCAAAUGCUGCGGAAUUGUGUGGAUUCUUUUACACUGCUGGGGGUAUUCCUGACUUGGCAAACUGGAUAUAAGAGUAUUUUGGAAUGAAUGACUAUUAAUAUUUUUGGUCUAUUUUUUCCCCAAGAUGGUAGCAUAAGAUUUCUUCCCCCAUUCAGAUUUUCUAUAUAAAUUAUAAAUAUAUAUUAUAUAUAAAAACAGGCUAUUUGGGAGCAAGUGGCCCUCGCAAAUGAAAUUUUUAGAAACCAGUUUUGAACUUUUAAAUAUAACACUGCUGUUUCUAUCUAGAUCCAUGUAAAAAUAUUCCUGAAGUGAUAACAUAUUCUAAAAUUGAAAUGGGAUUCCUCAAAAGAGGUGCACAGAUUUAGUCAUGCUGUAUUAUUAAGAUGUGUAUGUACCUGUGUGAAGCAACUCAUGAUUGUUAUAAGUAGAACUCAUUGCAGCAUCCCACAAUUUGGCACCCCUAGCAUAUAUAAGACAAUAGUUCCCAUGUUUCCUAGCCAGCCAUUGAAGCAGGAGAGUGCCAGGUUAAGGAAGAGGAUUACAGAAAUGGCAAGCAGAUAUGUGCAACAUGCUAUUAUAAUAUAAUAUAAUAAAAGACUGAAGUGAGCUUCAGGAAAUUGCUAGUUUUAACUUUGAGCCUGAUGUAUCUGCAGUUUAGAAAGAAACGUAUGAUGCUCCAUCAUUCUUGUACAGUUUACUAAGACAUUUAUGUAAUGUGCAGAUUUGAUAUUUGUGCACCAACUCCUGAUACGAGAUACUUUUUUCAAAUGGUAAACCUACACAGAGCUUUCUGGAUAUUUUAGGAAUUGCUAUAACAAUGCGGGCCUAACAAAAUUUUCAUUUCCAGUUCAUAGAAUCAAAGAAAUUGUUUGAGGAGUGGGGCUGCCCCUCUGGUUGCCAGGGGUUAUGGCAGGGGGAAGAAGGGGACCUAACCGGACAUCCUACUGCCGCAAUCCUCUCUGUGAAGCUGGAGCUCCUGGUGGUGCCAGCCACUCCACAACUUCUUCAAUCACUAGUGUGCGUUCACGUACCAGGAGCGGUUCAGGGACAGGUCUUUCCAGCCCUCCUUUGGCAACCCAAACAGUGGUUCCUCUCCAGCAUUGCAAGAUCCCAGAACUGCCCAUUGAAAGGAGCAUCUUGUUUGAACUCCAACUCUUCUUCUGUCAUCUUAUUGCUCUCUUUGUCCACUACAUAAACAUCUACAAAACAGUCUGGUGGUACCCACCCUCUCACCCUCCCUCCCAUACUUCAUUGAAUUUUCAUCUCAUUGAUUUCAAUGUCCUGGCAGUGACCACUAUUGUUUUGGCAAGAAGAUUGAUCAUUGCUAUUGUGAAGGAAGUGAAAGAGGCUUCUCAUUCGGGCAAGGUGUCCUUGCCACGCUCCAUCUUCCUGGUCACCAUGCGCUUUGUUGUCCUAACUGGCACAGGCUGGAGCCUCUGCCAGUCUAUUAUCCACCUCUUCAGAUCAUACUCGUUCCUCAACCUCUUGUUCCUAUGUUAUCCGUUUGGCAUGUACAUCCCCUUCCUGCAGCUGAACUGCGAUUUUCGCAAGAGCAGCUUCUUCUCUCCUGUGGCCAGCAUUGGCCCUCGUGACACAGGAGAUGUCAGCUUGCGGGGAAAGGACUACCUCUCUGUUCUCAAGGAGACCUGGAAGCAGCACACUCGGCAGCUCUACAGCAUGGAGACUAUGCCCACCCAUGCCUGCUGUCUCUCCCCAGAUCUGAUCCGCAAUGAAGUAGAGUAUCUGAAGGUGGAUUUCAACUGGCGCAUGAAGGAGGUGCUGCUAAGCUCCAUGCUCAGUGCCUAUUAUGUGGCCUUUGUACCAGUGUGGUUUGUGAAGAGCACACAAUAUUACGACAAGCAGUGGUCUUGCGAGUUGUUCCUCUUGGUCUCCAUCAGCACAUCUGUCAUCCUCAUGCAGCAUCUGCUGCCUGCCCGCUACUGCGACCUCCUGCAUAAGGCUGCCGCACAUCUGGGUUGCUGGCAGAAGGUCGACCCAUCUCUCUGCUCCAACGUGCUGCAGCAUCAGUGGACGGACGAAUGUCUGUGGCCACAGGGGGUGCUAGUGAAACACAGCAAAAACGUCUACAAAGCGGUGGGCCACUGCAAUGUGGCAGUGCCUUCGGAUGUCUCCCACUUCCGCUUCCACUUUUUUUUCAGCAAGCCUCUGCGGAUCUUGAACAUCCUGCUCCUCCUCGAAGGAGCCGUCAUCUUCUAUCAGCUCUACUCGCUGGUGGUCUCCGAGAAGUGGCACCAGACCAUCUCGCUGGCCCUGAUCCUCUUCAGCAACUACUAUGCGUUCUUCAAACUUCUACGGGACCGCCUGGUGCUGGGGAAAGCUUACUCCUACUCUGCCACCAGAGAGACUGAUCUGAAGCUGAACUGAGGGCCAGGUGCAGGAGGUAACGGGGAGCAGCGGCUCCGAGCGUUGUCGAGGGUCGCCCGAGACCGCAUCGAGGGGGCCCUCGUCUGCCUGCCCUGCCCUGCAGGAGAAGCGUUUCCUCACUGGGUCACGGAGCAUGCUGGAGCACAGGGCUUGAGAAUCACGCAGUCAGGCCGGCCCUGAGCUUUGUAUGUCUUUUUUUACCAUUUCUUUUGGUUUGGUUUUGCUUUGGUAAGGAAAAUAUCUUAUUUUUAUACUCUCAAUUUCUGUCAGCCUGGUUUGUGGAGCAGUAAGAGCUGUAACAACCA